UCCAACUGCAGGUGGAGCGCAGGUGGCCCUGCUACUGGCUGCAACUCCAGCCUUGCCUCCUGAAUCCAGUACAUAAACAAUGCAGCAGCCUCACUGAAUCACUGCUGUGCAGGGCAGGAAAUCUCCACGCACACAGUCCAGCAAACAGCAGCACGCAGCUGAAAGGAAGACUUGGAGGAGAGAGAUAAGGAAAGUAGUGAUGGAUUUCAUCCCAAACUUGGCUGUGGAAACCUGGCUUCUCCUGGCUGUCAGCCUGGUGCUCCUGUAUCUAUAUGGAACUCAUUCACAUGGGCUUUUUAAGAAGCUUGGAAUUCCGGGACCCACACCUCUGCCCUUUUUUGGAACUGUUUUGUCCUACCGUCAGGGCUUUUGGAAGUUUGACAUGGAAUGUUAUAAAAAGUAUGGAAAAGUGUGGGGGAUUUAUGAUGGUCGACAGCCUGUGCUGGCUAUCGCAGAUCCCAACAUAAUCAAAACAGUGCUAGUGAAAGAAUGUUACUCUGUCUUCACUAACCGGAGGUCUUUAGGUCCAGUGGGAUUUAUGAAAAGUGCCAUCUCUAUAGCUAAGGAUGAUGAAUGGAAGAGAAUACGAUCAUUGCUGUCUCCAACCUUCACCAGUGGAAAACUCAAGGAGAUGGUCCCUAUCAUUGCCCAGUAUGGAGAGGUGUUGGUGAAAAACCUGAGGCGGGAAGCAGAGAAAGGCAAGCCCAUCAACAUGAAAGACAUCUUUGGGGCCUACAGCAUGGAUGUGAUCACUGGCACAUCAUUUGGAGUGAACAUCGACUCUCUCAACAAUCCAAACGACCCCUUUGUGGAAAGCACCAAGAAGCUUAUAAGAUUCGACUUUUCAGAUCCAUUCUUUCUCUCAAUAACAAUCUUUCCAUUCCUUACCCCAAUUCUUGAAGCAUUAAAUAUUUCUAUGUUUCCAAGAGAUUCUACAAGUUUUUUAAGAGAAUCUGUAAAAAGGAUAAAAGAAAGUCGCCUCAAAGAUACACAUAAGCACCGAGUGGAUUUCCUUCAGCUGAUGAUUGACUCCCAGAAUUCGAAAGAAACUGAGUCCCACAAAGCUCUGUCUGAUCUGGAGCUCGUGGCCCAAUCAAUUAUCUUCAUUUUUGCUGGCUAUGAAACCACCAGCAGUACUCUUUCCUUCAUUAUGUAUGAACUGGCCACUCACCCUGAUGUCCAGCAGAAACUGCAGGAGGAAAUUGAUGCAGUUUUACCCAACAAGGCACCAGCCACCUAUGACACCGUGCUACAGAUGGAGUAUCUUGACAUGGUGGUGAAUGAAACACUCAGAUUAUUCCCACUUGCUAUGAGACUUGAGAGGGUCUGCAAGAAAGAUGUUGAAAUCAACGGGAUGUUCAUUCCCAAAGGGGUAGUGGUGAUGAUUCCAAGCUAUGCUCUUCACUAUGACCCAAAGUACUGGACAGAACCUGAGAAGUUCCUCCCUGAAAGGUUCAGUAAGAAGAACAAGGACAACAUAGAUCCUUACAUAUACACACCCUUCGGAACUGGACCCAGAAACUGCAUUGGCAUGAGGUUUGCUCUCAUGAACAUGAAACUUGCUCUAAUCAGAGUCCUUCAGAACUUCUCCUUCAAACCUUGUAAAGAAACACAGAUCCCCCUGAAAUUACGCUUAGGAGGACUUCUUCAAACAGAAAAACCCAUUGUUCUAAAGGUUGAGCCAAGGGAUGGGACUGUAAGUGGAGCCUGAAUUUCCCUAAGGACUUCUGCUUUGCUCUUGAAGAAAGCUGUGCCUCAGAACAUCAGCGAUCUCAAAUUACUUUCUCAAUAGAACCUUGAAAUAAAGAUGGGCUUAAUCUAAUGUACUGCAUAAAUAACUGGGGAUUAUGUACAUGCAUUGAGCUAUCUCACUGACUGUGUAGAGUGUUACAGUUGGUAAUAUAAAGGAGGUGACCUAGAUUUGGCUUCUCUGCUUCUCAUAGGACUAUCUCCAUCACCCCCCACUGCCCCCGCUUAGCACCAUUAACUCCUUCUGCACUCUAAGAGAAUAAACAUUUCUCAAUAAUUUCAUCCACAAUUAAUGAAAAGAAUUAUUUUUAUGGUUCUAACAGUGAUAUUUAUAUGAGAUGUUUUAUCAGGAGUAUUCUAUGAAAAGUUUUAUAUUAAGCAAAUAAAUAAAAAUCUCUUUACAAAAGUA